UUCUAUACAUUUCAUAUGUAAAUUAAUUGCCAAUGCAACGGUUUGUGACAACAUUUCUCUGAAUCAUUUUAUCUUUCGCGAAAAAUCAGGACCUCCGCGUCGCCGUAGCUGCCGUAAGAAAGAUGGCGACUUUCACAGAACACGAGGAUUCGCCUGAACAAGAGGAGAUUGCAGAAGAACCAAAAGCACCAAAGAUACGAGAAACACCAGAGGACAUCAAACAAGAGGCGAUUGUCAACACACUUGCAUUUCAUCCCAACCAAGACAUCCUUGCAGCUGGAGAUAUAGAUGGAGAUAUAUAUCUAUAUUCAUACUCAUGCACCGAAGGAGAAAACAAGGAGCUCUGGUCAUCAGGACAUCACCUCAAGUCCUGCAGGAAAGUGGUCUUCUCCGGUGAUGGACAGAAAUUGUUCAGUGUGUCUAAAGACAAAGCUAUUCACAUUAUGGAUGUGGAGGCUGGAAAACUGGUGACGCGCAUCCCGAAAGCUCACAAGAUGCCCAUCAAUGCUCUGCUGGUGGUCGAUGAGAAUGUAUUUGCGACAGGAGAUGAUGAGGGCAUGUUAAAGGUUUGGGACCUGAGGAAAGGAACAUCGUUCAUGGAUCUGAAGCAUCAUGAGGAUUAUAUCAGUGAGAUUACUGUUGACCAGGCCAAGAGAACAUUACUUACUUCCAGUGGUGAUGGAACUAUGGGUGUAUUCAAUAUAAAGAGACGAAGAUUUGAACUACUUUCUGAAUUCCAAAGUGGAGAUCUCACCUCUGUUUCCAUAAUGAAGCGAGGCCGUAAAGUUGUCUGCGGUUCCAGCGAGGGCACAAUAUACAUUUUCAACUGGAAUGGUUUUGGUGCCACCAGUGAUCGUUUUGCACUUCAGGCGGAAUCUGUGGAUUGUAUCGUUCCCAUUACAGACAGUAUACUGUGUGCUGCCUCUAUGGAUGGAGUAAUCAGGGCAAUAAGUAUCUUACCCAACCGUGUGGUUGGCAGUAUCGGACAACACGUCGGAGAGCCCAUUGAGGAGAUUGCCCGCUCUAGAGACACACGUUUCCUGGCUAGCUGUGCUCAUGACCAGCUGAUUAAGUUCUGGGACAUCUCCAGCAUUCCUGAUAUGAAAGUGAAUGAUUAUCGACGGAGAAAGAAAAAAGAUGGGUUCCUCAAAGCUCUAAGUAAUAAGGCUUUUGAUACAGGACAAAAUUUCUUUGCUGGACUUUUGGACACAAAUGAGAAAAAUGGUAAAGGAGAAGAGGAGGAGGAGGAGGAGGAGGAGGAGGUGGAAGGUGACAGCGACAGUGGAAGUGACUGAAAACAGACUUGUUGAAGACAGUGUACUUUAUUAUUGCAAUAUUGUUUUGCAAUGUUGCCAUUUGUCAUGUAUAUUUAAUGUCGAAGUUCAGAUCAGUUUCUCAUAAACUUGAUUGACAAGUUUUAUAAAAGCAUACAAGAUCUGGCGAAACUUUUAUUCACAAAUUACAGUCCAUCUUUUCAUGCAGUAGCUUUAGAAAGGUGUGGCAGUGGCACAGGAUAAAAGCUGAUUGGCUAUACCAGGCUGACUUUAAUAGACUGAAAUUCCCUGCCAUGUUGAGGCAAGGAAAAGGAAGCAGCACCAUCAUUAUCAAUCAUUAGAGUUUGUCUAUUCUUGAUCUCUUCUGUCAGAAGAACAAGGAAGGCCUUGGCAACAUCAUCAGCCCUGUAAAUAAAAAUGCAAUGACAUGAGUAUGCAAGACUCAUCAUAAAGCAUCAUUCCUACUAUGCAGUACAUUGUCAUGUUCCCAUCAUCAUAUACACUGAUCAGCUACAAUAUUAAAACCACUGAAAGGUGAGGUGAAUAACAUUUAUUAUCUCAUUACAAUGGCACCUGUCAAGGGGUGGGAUAUAUUCGGCAGCAAGUGAACAGUCAGUUCUUGAAUUUAAUGUGUUGGAAGCAGGAAAAAUGGGCAAGCAUAAGGAUCUGAGUGAAUUUAACAAAUUGUGAUGGCCAGACGGCUGGGUCAGAGCAUCUCCAAAACGGCAGGUGUUGUGGGGUGUUCCCAGUAUGCAGUGUUUAGUACCUACCAAACGUGGUCCAAGGAAGGACAACCGGUGAACCGGCGACAGGGUCAUGGGUGUCCAAGGCUUAUUGAUGCGCAUGGGGAGCGAAGGCUAGCCCGUCUGCUCCGAUCCCACAAAAGAGCUAUUGUAGUACAAAUUGCAGAAAAACCUAAUGCUGGCCAUGAUAGAAAGGUGUCAGAAUGCACAGUGCAUCGCAGCUUGCUGCGUAUGGGGCUGCAUAGCCACAGACCGGUUCAGAGUGCCCAUGCUAUUUUUAGUUGUUAAUGAUGUAAUACAGUCAACAGGAACGCAUAUUUUAUUAACUCUAACAACUAACCCAAUCCCAAC